UAACACAUUUGUGCGCGACGUUACUGCGGCCAUGCCAGUCGCUUUGCGGCAAGCGCGCGUCAGUAAAAGCUCCCUGCGCCGCUAGCUUGCUGUUAACAACCCUAGUUUUAUUUACAAGUGCUUUGGAAAUAUGGCGGCGGAAGGCGGAACACCCGGUGGCUUAGCCCCAGCAGAACCUCAGACCGGACCAGAUGGAGAGAUCAUCGGAGGACCUCGUACACCUCAGCAGAUUGCUGCUCAGAGGAGGCUGCAGCAAACGCAGGCUCAAGUCGAUGAGGUGGUUGACAUAAUGAAAACAAAUGUUGAGAAGGUGCUUGACAGAGAUGCAAAGUUAUCAGAAUUGGAUGACAGGGCAGAUGCACUUCAGCAAGGUGCGUCUCAGUUUGAACAGCAGGCAAAGAGUUUGAAAAACAAAUUUUGGUUGCAAAAUCUAAAGAUGAUGAUCAUAAUGGGGGUCAUUGGAAUCGUUAUAAUAGGCCUACUGUUUGGUGAUAACAUUAAACAAAUGUUUGGUUAGUUCGUAAUCGUGGCACUCCGUCUAUGACCGGCGUAAUCCCACCAGCUGUUACCGGCAAUGCUACUGCAACUAUUACUCAUAAUAAUUGAAAAUACAUGUAACCAUUCAUCGCAGGAUAUCUCUUCGAAAGAAAAUGUAAUUACAAUUAUUAAUAAAAUCUGUAAAACAAUAAUAAAAUAAAUAUAAAUAAAAAAUGAACUGUAGAACAUAGCCUAGAUAUGUCUAAUGGUUAAACAAUACCAUACUGAAUACGAAACAGGCUGUAAACUAAAAUGUGCAGCUUUUUAGUGUAUUGUAAAAUAGCUUUUUACAUUAUCAGAAAACAAUAGGAAAUUUCAUUGAUAUUUGAACGAAUUUUACUUUGGUUGUGUAUAUAAUAAAGAAUUCAUUGAUUGGAUAAAUACAUUAUUGAAAUAUUUAUGCGCACUUGAAUGUUUUAUGGAAUCAAUUGUAUGUUAUAAAUAAAUAAAAAGUACGGAGGUUUCCUGUUUCUGAAAGGUUUAUUAAACUAUAAAUAUUUCAAAACUAUCAUCACUUUUAUAGUUGCAAAAACAAAAUCCUUAUUAAAUUAAUAAACAUCAAUAUGUUAAAAUAACAAUUUUAUAGUUUUUAAAAAGUUAUAUAUCGUAUAGUAUAGUAUCAGUUAAUGUUUGCUUGAUCGAAUUGCCAAAGUCUGUUACUUGAUAUUAAAUAUAAGGACAUCUGUGCGCAUUAUCUUAAAUAAACUGCAAAAAAUCAUAUAAUAAUAGGUAUGGGAUUCCGAAGCUGGAGAGAUCAUCAGUUUAUUUGUGGUACAACAAACAUUGUGUACCUUUAAUAGAAAGCAUACUUUUAUUUUGUAUCUUAACUAACAAACUUCAUUUAUAGUUAACGUUUCAGAAACCGGCGGCUAGUACGUCCGAUAAAGUUACGAUCUAUAAAAAUGUAAAAUUAAAUAAAUGUUACGAAUGUUAUUGUCAGUCAUAGUAUAGUAAUUGUCUCUCAUUGCGCAAACUAAUUCAAUGCUUAGGUCCUAAUAUAUUAAUGUUGCGUCAAAUUAAACGAACUUUCUACAUGGUCUAAGAUCUGGCAUUAGAAGAUACCUUCAUCUGUUAUUUAUUAGUGAUGAUAAAUAAAUAAUAAAUUAUAUUCACAUAGACACAUUGCAAAUAGGUGGCUUAGUUAAAUUGAGGCCGGAUAAAUUUUACAUGCAAAAUUUAGGAAACUAUGAACUAGAUCAACUUUUAAAAAGGCAGCUCAAUACAGUUAAAUUAUUCAUAAAAAGAGGCUUCAAUUGAUAAAAGUAUACUACUAAAUAAAUGAUGAGGGUAAAUUUCCUCGAAAAUAACAUUUACUGAUCUGUUUAUAUCUGACAAUCCCACACUUUGCAGGGAAAGCAGGAAACCUUUACGUUAUCAAUUUUGCUGGGUAUAUUCUUUUAACUAGUGUAAGCUUUCUAACCAACGAGGGAUGUAGGUUAAAUAAAUUUAUUUAAAAAAAAUAAUUUAUUUAAUUAUCCGGCCGCAAUUUAACAAGGCAACACUUUGCAAUGUGUCUUUUGUUUAUUUCUUAUCUUUAAUAAAUAACAGAUAUGGGUAUAUAUUUCUUAUGCCAGAUCUACUACUUAUGUACUAUAAUAUAUAAUAUGUGAAUAAACGCUGUAGAAAAAGUUGAUUUGCGUGCCUUGUCUUUACCUGUAUUGGUGAAAUCAAUGCAUAGUAAUAGUAAUUCAUUUAAUCUAUUCAAAUUGUAAUGAAAUGAAUUUACUACUCGCGAAAGUGUGUUUCGAUAUCGGCCUACGAAAUUAGUGGUUUUAUUUUUAGUCUAUUAUACUAUUUUUGAAUUAAAUUAGUUAUUUUUUUCUUAUUCUUAAUAUUGUUCUAGAUAUUAAAUAAUUUUUAAUAUUAUAAAAUACUAGUUAAAUUAAAAAAAAUAUGAAAGCCGCCAAAUGAAAAUAAGUUUAUAAGUAUGGAAUUGAUGAUAUUAGGCAUAAGUAAUAUUGAUUUGAGCGAUUGUGUGCUCUUGCUAAACGUUUUCUCUUAGAUUAAAAAUCUAAGGUAAUCUUUAAAAUUAUUGUAAAAAGGUUGUAAUAAUUUAUAACCUUCUUGCAUUAUAUGUUUAUUUAAAUAUCUUCAAUGGGCAACAUAAUGAUAUUAAAUACAAAUCAGACGUUAUAGCUAAAAUUUAAAAAAAAAAACUUGACUCAUCUACAAGUAAAUAUUUCUUUUGAUUUCUACUCUGCUCUGAUAAUACUGGUUAUUGAAAUUAAAAACACACAAGAGAACAUCUGAUGAAAAAUCGUAAAUGGUUUUUUUUUCAAUUGCCACUUUUCAGAAAGCUAUUUUACGAUGAGCUACAAAUCAAAUAGUUGUAUAUAAAUCGUAUCAAUUGCGGACCUAUUAUCUCAGUCGACCAUCUAAACAAUGAGCUAAAACAUCGUUUUUCAUCGUAUUUUCAUUUACGCUAUCAUCUAACAUAGUUAUUUCACCGAACUGACCUUGACUGCACCCUUUCACAUCAAGUGGCAGUGAUUUUAUGUUUUUACAAUAAUUGUUGAAAUAACCAUGAUUAUUUCAACAAAAUUAAUUUAAAUAUACAUUUUUCGUUAAAAUAAACUUAUUACUUGCUACUACCACUACUAUACUAAAGUCACUUUACGUCAAAUGACGAAAACUAUGCCAUUUCGUAGAAAACACAAUGUUAGAUGAUUGCAAAAAUGAUGUAGUGAUGAGUAGAUAGUUUGGUUUUUUUUAAAAAUUUGAAGGAAGGGCGCUUUAUUCGAUCGAAGUUUCGACUAUUAUUAAAUUACGCAAUAAUUUAAUUAAAAUAUUGUACUACACAGUUAUUAAUUUUCAAAGUGUUCACUUAUACAGCAUAAAAAGUCUUAAUUUUAGCUUAAGCAUCAAGUGAAAUAAUUUAAAUGUUUUCAUUUAAUGUGCAUUUAGUAUUCUAAGACAAUUUAUUCAUAAAAUAAUUGUUUUGAUUUGUUAUUAUGUUUUUAGUUUUGUUAGUCAAUAAAUAAUAAGUCAAUUAGAAAUAAUGUUCAUUUAAGUAAUACAUUUUUUAAUAACGCAGCUUAACUGUUUAAAUGCAUAGAUAGAAUAAAUAUAAAUUAUUAUUACUUAUAUAAAUAAUAAAUUUAUUUUGUCAUUUUUGUUUUAUCAAAGAGGAAUAUAUUAUAAUUUAUUAAUAAUUAUUACUAAACAACGAGAAACUAGUAGCGUUUAUAUAAUAAACGUUAUUUAUAUUAUUAUAAUAAUACUUUAAUCAGUGCCAUAAUACAAUAUUAGGAUUUUAUUUUAAUUGUAAAAGUUCGGAUAAACGGGUUUUUAUCUGAUGAAGUGAUUAUUUUUUGAAAGUUUUCCCUUAUUUAUUAAAAGUAAGAAUUUUUGAACGAGCUAUGUAGUCAGAUAGAAUAAUAGAUAAAAAAGAUUCAAUGAUAAAAAAACGCGUAAGACUUACAUUUUGGCCUAUGGUUUCUUAUAAUUUUAUGCUAUAACUACGAAAUUUAAAUAUUGUGAUGCCUUUUUAAUUGUAAGUGGUAAUAAACCUUUGUUUAUUUAAUGUGAUAACGUCUUAUAAAUAGAUAAAUGCCGGUUGAACGCACGAAAAAGUGUCACAUUCCUGAAAAAAAAAACGUUUAUAAGCCGAGCGUGCAAUAGCGCGGAACAAGCGACAGAGAGGCGCAAUCGGCUGAAGUUAGCUUAUCAAAUGAAAAUGAAAAAAAAUCUUUAUUUAAUAAUAUUAUUUUUUGUAUUUGUUUGUAAGACUUAGUAGUCUAAACUACUAAGUCUUACAAACAAAUACAAAAAUUAAUAUUUAAUUAACUUGUUCUUUAAAUAAUACAAAAUAAUGAUACUCGUAAUUCAGUGUUGAUAACUCAAUUUAAUGCAUAAACGUAUGUUAUUUCUCAUCAAUGUUUUCUUACGUCGUUAGCACGUGAAAUUUUCCGUUUUACAAUAAUUUAUUUUUUACUUACAAAUAAAUCAAAAUUGUCAAUUUAGUAAAAUUUUAAAUAAUCUUGAAUGUUCAAGUUCAAUCAAAUUUUGUUGAUUUAAGCAAAUAAUCGUGACAAAAAGUUCAUUAUUUUUUACAUUUUAACUAAGAAUUUUUUAUUAAUGAUGCUUUCUGUAUUUGUUGAUUUUAGCAGUUGAUUUAAACGAUUAAAUAAUGUAUACCUAUAUAUAAGAGGCAUCACUCCACAUAAAAUUUAAGUGUUCUAACUAAAUUAGCAUAUUUACACCUACGGGAAGUAAUGGUGCCAUUGACAAUAUUAGUUAUUUUAACAAAAAAGGGUUAAAAUUAUUUCUUAGCCAUAUUACUAUCGCUUAAGAGUUUACUAUUACAUGCAUAUUAUAAGCAUUAAGAACAAUAACUAAUUGUAAUUAUAUAAUUUGAAAAUUUUAUUAAUUUUUAAUUUGUAUUACCAAAAUUGUUAAUGUUAUUUGAUUAUUAUUAGCAGAUAUUAUUAUUGUCAGUGUAAUAAAUAUGUUCCUCACAUUUUUUUUAUUCGCUAUGUCUAUUAUGAAUUUAUUGUUCAUAAUAAUAGUAAGUAUACUAUUUAUAUUGUAGAUUAAUAAUUUGCAUUCUUGCUAAAUUAUAUUAAUAAAACAUUUGCACUUUUAUUAAUAAUUAGGUAAAACAAUGAAAAUAAAAGACAAUGUUCAAUGUCUUUUUUCUUGUAAAAUAUUUUACAUCCGAUACAAUAAAAAGUGCAGAAAUUUGGAGAUAGGGAUGAUAAAUAAUAAUUAUUUAUUAUUAAUUUAAAAUCAUUUUUUAAAUAAUUUAAAUUGUGUGAUUUGAUAAUUACUUUCAAAGUAAUUUAAUGAUUUAACUGUACUUUAUAUUGAAUCGGAUGUUGAAUAUUGUCAAAAAAUUACGUCACGUUAGGGUCAGCGCAAAUAAUUUGUAAAAUACUGCUUAAAUUCUUCUUUCAUAGAAUAUCAAAUCAAAUGUAAAUAGUAUGCAAGAAAUAAAUCAAGAUCGUGGCUGGAGUUAUGUUCUGAUUGGUUUGCGCUGCCCUUAAGUUAUAAAAGAUGUAAUGGGCUAAAACAUACUUCAUAGUUAGUAAAUACCUUGAGUCGUCAUUAUUAUGUAUUAUCUACACAUUCUAUAGAUAGUAAACGUCUAUAAACUUUUACAAAGAAUUUCUUUUUUCACAAUAAUUAUUAUUAUAUUAUAAUAAUAUAAGACAUUUGCUAGUUCCUUUCAAUAACACUUUAAAAAUAAUUAUGUAAAGUAAUUAUAAAUACCAAAAUUCAAUUUUGUUUUACGUCUAUAAAUGCUAGUACUAUUUUAAACCUUACUUAGAUAUUUAUAAUCUCGUGUUAACUUACUAUAUUGAGAGCCUGUCAUAGCCACACCUUCGUGACUUUAUAAUGCUAGCCACUCACCAUCCAAUAAGUUUAUAUGAAACUGAUCGUAUGUUGAUCGCGAUCUGCAAGAUGGCAUGCGUUUAAAGAUCAACACACGAUCAGUUUUAUCGGAUGUCCUGCAGCUAGUGCUGCAGGCGCGUGAAGUUAUUGGAUAGUGAGUGACUAGCAUAAAAGCUGAUUUUUUUUCAGCCUAUGCUCCUAUCAAUGUUAAUGCGAUAGAGAUCUACAGAGUUUAGGUUGUAGUGGUUCUGCGACAUAACAAGUUUCAAGGAUCCGGAUUCACAAUCAUCUAAAUACAAAGCUAUUUUUUUUAAUAUAUUCGUACCUACAAGUAUAUAAUAAAAAUAUUCUAUAGUGAAUGUCGCCACGAAGUAGGUUCCCGGCGACUGGGAUAUGGUUUAUCAUUAUGUCAAAUAAAAAAUA